AUGCUUGUCGGAGCCAAAAAGUGGGUUCAAGAGUUGCAAAGACAAGCUAAAAUUGGACCGAAUUUCAACCGAGCAAAGUUGGUGGGGGGUCCAAGGUUGUGUGAAUCAACGGCUGACAGUAGACUGUCAGAAAGAAAGAGUAAAAAGCCGGCCAGCCUGUUACCCAUCCUGGCUCCUUCGGUCAUUGACUCCCUAAACGGACAAAUCUUACACCAACUAGCUCCCAAUCUCCUCCCGAAUACCAAUGUUUAUCAGACACCACGUGGCACUUUGACGUCCAAUAUUGAUCGACCUCACACAUGA